AUGACCUUCCGUUUCCAUCACUCGGACUGCCCCGCCGGGGAGCAGCGCGGAGGAGGCCGCAGCCACUCAUGGCUGUUGUUGGUGCUCUUUCUUCGAGCUUCCAAGCUUAGUGACCUCGGAAGGGGCCCAGACUCGGCCUUGGUUGGCUGCAGCAGGCGGCGGGGGGCAGAAAAGCUGGUCCGGGCAGCAGCAGCCGUCUGCCUGGGUUGUGUUUCAGAUCCAAAGCCCAAGAAGAGGAAUGGGAUAAACUGCUUCACGGUCUUGCUGUUCAUCUACCUGAUUCUGCUCACCGCAGGUGCUGGGCUGCUGGUGGUGCAAGUUCUGAAUCUGCAGAAGCGGCUCCAGGCCCUGGAGACGCCCUACAACAAUCAAACGCUGGUCCCCGAGCAUCUCCUGCAGGCCCAGCUCAUCCGCGUCCGCACCAGGCAGGAGCACCUACUACGACUGGUGGACAACUUUACUCGGAUCCCAGGCCCCCCAGGACCCCAAGGUCCACCAGGAAUCAAGGGAGAGGCAGGAAGAAAAGGAGACAUAGGCAUGAAAGGAGACAUGGGGGUCAUGGGACCCCCUGGAGCCCGGGGGCAGAAAGGUGACUCAGGGAUGCCCGGUUCCCCAGGUGUGGCUGGAAUUCCUGGACUCAAAGGAGAUCAAGGACAACCCGGAGCCAAGGGUCUUCCAGGCUUUCCAGGAGCUGCGGGAUCCCCGGGUGCCAAGGGUGAGCCUGGCAGUGCUGGUCCCACUGGGCCAAUAGGACCAUCAGGGAGGCCCGGGAGUCCAGGAGCCGAAGGUGUGAAAGGAAGCAAGGGGGACACAGGACUUCAAGGACAGAAAGGAACAAAAGGAGAAUCAGGAGUCCCAGGCCCUGCAGGCAUGAAGGGAGAGAUGGGAAGCCCAGGCCUGGUCGGCCUCAAGGGGGCACCUGGACCAGACGGCCGAAAGGGAGAGCCCGGAGCGAAAGGAUCUUCUGGGCUGAAAGGAGCAAAGGGAGAAAAAGGUCAAAAAGGCGAAUCCAUGGUAUCCGUCCGGAUUGCUGGCUCUAGGAACCGAGGCCGGGCUGAAAUUUACUAUAAUGGAGCCUGGGGGACAAUUUGCGAUGAUGACUGGGACAAUUCAGAUGCCACCGUCUUCUGCCGCAUGCUGGGUUUCUCUUCGGGAACUGCCGUUUUCAACGUGGGAGCUGGCACUGGGACCAUCUGGCUGGACAACGUUGCGUGUCAAGGGUCAGAAUCGAGCCUGUGGAGCUGCAGCAAGAACAGCUGGGGCUCUCACAACUGCAACCACAGUGAGGAUGCGGGUGUGGACUGCAGAUGA